AUGACACGAACCCUUUCAAAUCCAAAAACAAGCAUUAUCCAAGUUGCUGCGGUCAACAAAGAAAACGCUCAUUGGGACAGUGAUGGAGAAUUGUUAACUUAUUUACGGAAGAAAAUGAUUCCGUUUGGUUUCUGGCCUCUUCAGAGCUCGCAAACGUGGUAUUGGAGUAUGCUUCGAUGGUUUAUCGUUAUUAUGGUGACCGUUUUGAACACUAUUCCGAAUGUCAAUGGCGCUAUUGGUUUAAUCCAAUCAAACGUCAUCGAAUUCAUGCAAUCCAUGUGCGAAGUCUCCACAAUGGUCUAUUGGUCCGUUCGCACUGCCUUCAUUUCCUACUAUUGGAAGGAAAUUACUCAAAUUUUCGUGACUUUUCAACAUAUCUGGCACGAAAUCCACGCAUAUGACUUACCCGAAUGGCGUGAAACUGUCAGAAAUUCCCAAAAAUUCAUCGAACGUUUGAGCAUCAUCACUUUUUGGUUGUUCCUCGUCGCCAAUGUCUCGUACGAAAUUGUCGCGAUUUGCGUUUCGAUGAUUCGUCAUUUUUUGUAUGAUCCUCCCGGAGAGAUGGCCUACGGAAUUCAUGCUGACUUUGUGGUUGAUACAAAACACGAUCUCACCUUGUAUUUGUCGUUUUAUUUCCCGCUCACAAUUUUUCAAUUUAUUUUCGUGCAAAUUCACGCCGCAAUCGAACUUUUAAUUAUUUUUAUGCCUUAUUAUUAUGCCUUGUACUUCAAGCUAAUUCAAUUAAAAAUAAACAAAUUGAACGAAAAAUUGGGAAAAAUCAGUCCAAGAGAGGCAAAAAAGGAACUUGUGAACAUAAUUGAAGAGCAUAAAAUCGCCAUUGACUGCGUUCGUGCCUUUGAAGAGGAAAUUAAAAUUGUUCUCUUGACGAAUUACAUCAUGAACACUUUUAUUAUUUGCUUUUUCAUGUUCGCCUUUAUCAAACUUUUGCAGGAUAAUAUUGUUACUUUUAUCAUUUUUGUCGGAUACGCAGCUGCAGUUCAUACAAAUCUUGUUUAUUUGUCAUAUUUUGGACAAUUUUUAUUGGAUGAGAGCGACGGUGUUGGUCGAGCUGCUUGGAAUAUGGCGUGGUACGAUCAAGAUAUGGAGUUCCAAAAGUGCAUAAAGUUCAUCAUCAUGAGGAGUCAAAAGCCAGUUGCUGUUUCAGGAGCAGGAUUUUAUUAUAUUAGUUUGGAAAGUUAUUAUAAUAUCCAACUUGUUCGCUCAUAA